ACCUCUCCUCGAGCUGCCAAUCAUGGCACGCGCUGUGCGCCUGGUGUUCAGCGCUGCUCUCUGCGACGCGCUGAGUGAGGAGCGAGGAGACGCGCUGCAUACCAACGGAGACACACGGAGCGCCUCGGUGUUUUUGACCAGGACGCACAGACACCAUCCUGGUCUCUGGGAAAACAAGCAAACUAAAUAAAUCAGAUUAUCGGACACUUUGAAUGUUUACCUUUCCUUUCAUUUUUCAAGAAAAUCUACUUAUUCUUCAAGGGGUUGACAGGCAAAACUAAGUCUCUCUGGGAUAUCUGGGCUUUCUACUCUAACAUUUGUCUGGAUGAGAGAGAUUUAAAAAAUAUAUAUCUCACUCCUCUUUUUUCUCCCUCUUUCCCUCUCUCUAACGGGACUUAUUUUAAAAGUCGGAUGUAGAAGAGUUGGACUAUUUCUGCUGACAUUCAUCCAGUGGGUCGUUUUUUUUACAAAUAGAAUUCCCGCAGCGAUUCCAUAAGGGAGGAAUAUCAUAACACCAGAGCAGAAAAUCAAUCAGAACUCCAUCAUGGGCUGCCCUCUGUUGCGGAACGCAUUGGCUGCUGGAUUGAUCCUGGUUCUGCUGUUUAAAGGGUCCAGUGUGCUUGGGGCAGAAUUCGGGCCCCUGCCGGACAAUAUUACAGUGUUGGAAGGCGAAAGCGUCACUUUGAGAUGUCGGAUUGAUGAGGAGGUGACCCACAAAGCUUGGCUGAAUCGCUCAAACAUCCUUUUCACAGGGACGGAUAGGUGGUCCCUGGACAAGCGAGUGACGCUUGUUAACACCAGCAACAGAGAAUUCUCCAUUCUAAUCGACAAAGUGCAAGUAACAGAUGAGGGACCGUACACCUGCACCUUUCAGGCCAAUAACAAACCUCGCAUCGCCCAUGUCUACCUCAUAGUCCAAGUGCCAGCAAGAAUUGUAAACAUCUCCAAAAGUGUGUCGGUGAAUGAGGGAGAGAAUGUUAACCUCUACUGUCUGGCAGUCGGCCGGCCUGAGCCCACUGUCACAUGGAAGGACCAGAAAUUUGGGAUGGUGAGCGAGGGGGAGUUCUUGGACAUCACAGAGAUCAAGAGGGAGCAGGCCGAGGACUAUGAAUGCAUCACCCACAAUGGUGUGGCUCCCCCUGACCAGCAGAAGGUCAGAGUUACUGUAAACUACCCUCCAAUGAUCACAGAGAUAAAGAACCAGCCUGGCUAUCUGGGGAAGCCUGCUAUCAUGAGGUGUGAUGCAAUGGCAGUUCCAACAGCCACAUUUGAGUGGUACAGAGACGAUCAUAGGCCGGUAGAGAAUGACAACACCUUACGGAUCAAAAACGAGAAGACACGCUCGCUUUUGCUGUUUACCAAUGUGACAGAGAAACAUUUUGGCAACUACACUUGCUUCGCCUCAAACCGCCUGGGUUCCUCCAACGCCAGUAUGCUGCUGUUUCGACCAGGAGCUCUCCAGGGGCGAGGGGCCGGUUUACAUCCAGGGAUGAGUGCCAGCUUGUGCAUUUGGGUUUCCCUCUCUGCUGUUCUUCUUGUGAAAGUGUGAAGCUCUUGUUUGUUGGAAUCAUCCUCAAACACUCCCUGGAAGCCCAAUUUCUUCUUCUGCUCCCUCUUGUCUUUCUCUCUCUCUCCCCGCUCUCAACUGAAGGAAAACGGAAAUGAAAUUCUUUAAUUACGAACCCAUCACUGUGAACUAAAAGAAUAUGCAUUAUUUCAGGAGCCAUUGAAUCACUGCAUCAAACACAACUACUCCCUAGAAAUCCCCUGCACAUCCUCAAUUCAAUUAUAGUAUAUUCAACUUAGUCACAAUAUCCCCUUCUUCUGUUUCUCUUUCACACAUAGAAUUAGACCUUUUUGCCUUGCAGACUUGUCUGACUUGGUUCUUCCCCCUCCAACCUUUGUUUUCUCCCAUUACUCCAACUGAGGUGAUGUUGAUAUAAAGUGUAUAUUAAUGGUGAUGGUGACAAAUGAGAAAAUAGAUAAUCUAACAACUGUACGGUCAUUUAUGUAAGAUAAAACACAGACUAUUGACUGACCUACAAUGUUUGCCUUAUGGAAAUGAUACAUAAAAUCACAAUAUUUCGGUGGUUAUGUAUGGAAAUGAUAGUAAUGAUGUGAUACUGGCUGUCAUGUGAAGUUUCACCCUAUGAUCACACACUUAAACUGAGUGACAACAUCUAUGUUUUCUUUUAUUUUUAUUAUAGUUAUUUCUUAUUUUACCAGUGUAGCAGUGAAGCUGCUAUGAAUGAUGUCAAAAUGUAUUAAAAAAAAGGAUGGGUGGUGAUGGUGUCAGUCCCCUUUAUGUAAUUCGGGGAGGUUUAUACUAAGUUUUCGCAUGUAAACCUCACUACCCAGACCUUUUUAAGCCCCCCCCUUUUCCCCUCCUUGCCUCUGUGUUAAAAGUGCUUUGUGUAGUUGACCUUCAUAAUGCUAAAGUGUUCUCCGCUGCUCAUCAGUCCUUUACCACCUGCCCUCCGCUUUUCAUUUCACCACUGUAAAUAUAUGCAGCACAGAGGCCAUCUCUGGGACCAACUUCAGAUGGCCCCCCAUGCAAGACCUUAAGUAAGCCUCAACUACACUUAAGUCUUCUGAAGCAGAAAGAGACUGUUCACUGAAACAUCUUCUGUUUCACAGCUUCUGCAGUUCCAUCCACUUUGUCGCUUGUUGAUAGCAUGUACUGGUUAGAGAUGUUCCUGUUGUAAGUCCAUACGCUCCCUUUCCCUUCCUGCACUGUCUGUUUUUUUUUCUCUGCAAGGUUAGCUGCUUUUACUACUUACUUUUUUGGUGUUAAUACUACUACUACCGAUGAUAAUGAUGAUGCUGAUGAUGUUAAUAAGUAUUUGAGUAACAAUGAAUAGUAGUAAUUCCAUGCAAGGGAGAAAAAAUGAAUAAAAUAUGACGUUGAUAAGUUGUGAAAAAAGAGAAAGAUUUUCUACUUUGCUCACACACAUCGGACAACUUCAAUGAAGAUAUAUAUAAAAAAAAAUGAAACAAAAAAAAAAAGGUGUAAAGGUUUUGAAGUGGUGUGGUCUAUUUCACCAUGACGGGCUUUUUAAAUUUACUUUUGAAACUGUUUAAAGGGGUCAUUUCAUCCGUGUCCUGGAGUGGUGGCUGGUGAUGUAAUUUAUAAUUUGUAACAGUUUAUGCGUUUGACUCUUUCUGUGAUGCUUUUACCUCUAUCAAACACACAUUUACACACAUCUGUCCUCUUCUCUUUGUGCGUCCUCUACUGACCAGCUAUGAUAAAUGAUUUGGAUCCAUGUUGGUCUCUAGUUGAGGCUGUAAGUCAGUUCUUGUUCUGCCAGACCACAGGGAGAUAAAGAUGUAAUUAGCCAUUACUUGUGGCUGGGUGAGCGAAGGAGCUUGAGCUCCACCUGUCCUUUCCGUCGUACAGUUAUGGCCACCAUAAAUCAAGUUCAAGCCUAAAACUGACAAGAAUCCUCUUAAAGGACACAUCUCACAAUGGUGCACAGCCACUACCAUUGAUGUGUACCUGUGACUAAAAACCCUGUACAGCACAAGCAGCGAGAGGAAAUCCCAUAUUGCAUCAUGUCUGAAUCCAUUUCUUGCGUUCAGCUCACAUUCAGAGACUAUAUGCAAAUUUGCCAUAAAAGUGUAUAUCGAGGGAUGAAGUUACCCCAGCUGAACCCUGACUAUUACAACAUGACAGGGGAAUUACUCAAUACUGAAUCAAAUGUGGAAUGUUUUUCUUUUUCUUGUUGUUGUUUAAUUUUAUUUCUUUAUCAAAUCAGCAAUAACUCCUACUUUUAGUAUUUAAUGGAUUUCCAUCAUUGUCAAAUCUGUGGUGUAUUAUCUAAAAUGAUCUGCCAUUAACAAGCUCUAUCAAAAGUCUGUUGUUGUACUUUUCCUGUAUACAGUCCUCGGAAAUGAUUGUGAAGCUCUGUUAAAAUGGCCCUUAAUCUAGGACACUACAUGUCGUUUCCUCUGCAGUGUAUCUGGGUGUUAAAGAACACAUAUUGUGCAUGCAAUUACUUGCUCCCAAAACAAUGAUGGAUUCCAUUUCAAGCACAAUAGCAGGUCAUUUGGUCUGUGACUCAUUUAUUGCUAUAUUUCUAACCUCUUACUGUCUUUUAUUUUAAUUUUUUUAUUUUAAACUCAUGUACUGUUACACGUCAGCUUUCCACUGAGGAUUUCAAGCGGCCCAUAACAUCUGUAUGUACAUAAUAUGUUGUUGAUAAAGAUAAAAAGAAGAUAAAAAAAAAUGUGGACAACAAAACAACAUGCUGUCAUGAUUGUCAAAGUGUGUUUGGAAAUAGCAUGUCAGUAAUUAUAUAUGGGUGGAUUUUGAAAAAAAAAAAAAGAUGUCAGAUUAUCUCUAUUAUGUAUGUAACUUUCAGUGGUGGAAGGUCUUGAAAAAAAGGUACUGGUCUAAACAAAAAUCUGAACAUCUUAAUUGUCAGUCUGUGUUUACACAUACAUUUGCUUUAUUGCACCAUAUGGCAUGCUGCAUUAGGAUUUACAGCUUGGAAACGUAACUCACUGAAGGUUUUAUCAAUUAUCUGGCGACAUUAAAUCAAAUAAUUUUUUUGCCAUUAUUCUAGAGUAAGGCCUUUUACCAUCAUUCAGUUCAAUAUAUUUGAUUUAAGAAGAAAUUGCAAACCAUCUCUUCUGAAAGUAAAAUCUAGAGAUUUCAUAACAGCAAGUGCUUACUGCUGUUUUUAUAUCUUUUAAUUGCACAGUAUUGACAGUUUUAGAUAAGAGUCAAUGGAAAAGUUAUAAGCUGCUUAAAUAUUUGACUAGAUGAUUUUUUUUUUGGUGAAACAGAGAUUUUAGCUGAAGAGAGGGUUGUCAAGCUGGAAGAUCCCUGGGGUGUAAGAUUUAAGGGUAGAUGAAGUUCAUGCUGAGAAAGCAACCACUCUGAUAAUCCCCUGGGAUGAAACCUUGACAAUGCAAAACCAAAAGCUCAGAACCAGAGGGAGUUUCAAUGACACUAACCAGACUCUGAACUCUUCAUUGAGGGAAAGAAGACUGACAAGCAUUCAUAACACUUUUCCAAACUUGAGCGCCAUGGCCUCCCCCAGGGGAAGGUGUAGCACAUUCUAUUUAUGCUCUCACAAUGUAAUAUGAACAUCAUUAACAUAGCCUUGAUCACAAAUUCAGUCUGGCCUAUUUCUAGUGUGUAAAUAACACCCCAACUGGGGUGCAAUGAGUUUACAGUGAUAUAAACAAGACAAUUCUUCAGUCCUUAAUUACAUUCAGCAUACCCUGAUGAGAAAGUGGUGAUUGGCUCCUGUAGCUGGUUAUGAUGAUCUAUUUGCAGAGUCGUUCUUAAUAAGAGGCCAUGUUGUUUGCAGCUCUAAACACUUCAGUCUGUCUACAGUAUGUAACAUUGUAUUGCACUUAAUCGCUUUACUUUGAUUAGCUGACUUUUAUCUUAAAAUAAACCAAGAAUUUUAAUGCAUUUUUAUUACCUUACAUUUGUUAAUUAUCUUGGUGUAUUUAAACAUUGCAGGAAGUGGAUUGUAAACAAUUAACAGCAAUCGUACAAAAAAAGGUAGUGUAAAUAGUGUCUAAAUUGUCCGUAUAGAAGUACUGUACUAAAAUGUUAAAUGCAUACUGUAGAAAAACAUAAUGUACUGUAAGCUUAGCUAAAACAACAUGUAUACAUCUUAUAGUUCAAUAUAUUGCAGAAGGCUUAAAGCAUAGGCCUUUCUACAGAAGCUUUACUGCUCAGAGCAAACCCUGGAAUAGACUUUCAAUCCUCCACACAAUAGUUAAUCAAUACAUCUGACCGAACGGCUUUGAAAUAGAGCAAUAUCUCCCAAGCCACAGAAACUGGAUUGAUCAAGUGUCUAUAACCCAGCCUUAGAGCAAAGAGCAUAAUUCAUCAUGCCUGAUACAAGACACCCCUAAUUGCACAUUGAUUUUAGACCCUUUUCUGAAACUAUUUGGGCAAGCUGUAAUGUCAGCUUGGUAAACUCUGUACUGAGGAGCAAGAGUCAGAUCCAGGGAAAUAAAGAAAUAGUCAUUAGUUUCUCAUUUCAAGUAAAUGCAGCUUAGUAUUUUUAUUGUUUGCUUUGGUACAUAGCGUUUCUGUAACGUGGCAUAUGCAAUUUAUUGGCAGGACUAUACAGACUUAAAUUAUGCUACUAUGGGGAUAAUAUGCACAGAACAAAUAAAUUACAUGUAUCGCAGAGCCUCACAGCAUCUAGAGGCAGUAUACUACAAGGAUAUGCUACAACAGAGUGAUAAUUGCAUAUGAAUCAAUAUCAUUAUUCCAAAUCCCCUGCUCAUGUCCUUUACUGCAAAGCACGUCUAAUUCCCAUAUAUUAUCCCAAUCAUCCAUUGUUUACAUGCUAUCCGGAGGCCCAUUCUCCUCUCAUGGGCAAACUCAGUGUUGCAAGUUUAUUAAGAAGCAAUCCAGUUUCAUUAUAGUGGCUAAUGUAUGCACUCGUAUACAGCUUACUAGCUGUCAAUGAUACUAGGAAAAACUGCAUGAGAUAAAUAGAGAUACAGACAGACAGACAGAUAGACAGACAUAUAUGUAGUCACAGAUGGUAUCUUGUCAAUCACUCACCUCUCUAAGAGGAGAAGCAUCCGCCUAAUUAACAGUAUGCCGCACACCAAUGGCUGGGCAACAGCAACAGUCAAGAAGCACAAAGCAGGAAUCUCGCCCACUACGUCUUUCCUAGUCAUUAAGUCGCCCACCUCCCAUCUCCAACACAGAGAGAGCACCAUUACUUGGCCUCUGUGAAUAAUCGUCCCACGCUCUGCAUUUUCCUUGUCAAUCAACCAAUGGGUAAAUAUUGUUCACAAUGCUGAGGCCUGACAGAGAGGAAAAAAGAUGGAUUUUAUUUUAUUAUUUUUUUUACCGUUAUUUUUGUGCUGAUUAAUAUUGCAGCUAUGUUUCAGAAAAGCUGUUAUGUUACAAACCUAGCUUAGGCGAAGUCACAUCUGCAGGAUAAUAUGCUGGAAUCUAGGAUACAUGAGAAAAUAGGAAGGGCGGCUCUGUGCCUCGCGAAGAAAUUACUGCUGGGAAUAGAAAGAGAAAAAUGUCUCAUUUGGAAACUAAUAAAUUUUAUUUGAGAAGUCCAACUGUGUAUAUUUGCUGGAAUAAGCUGAGUAGGUGUUGAAUGUGAAACCCAUCUCUCCCUGUUCCUCUCCUUGUCCAUCUCUAUCCACACUUUCUUUGAUUCCAGAGUCUGUUUUUGUAUGCAGAUGAUCUGUAAAAAAGGGUCCCCAGCCCUUCUUUUUUUUUCAGAUUCACCUACUUUUUUGCUGUUUUUGAGGAUACAUUGAGUAGAACCUAGCACAAGUACUGAAGCGUUGCAUGUUGAAGUGUGCAUUAUCCAUUAGUAAUUUCAAGGGCCUCGUGUGUGAGCAAUAUGUGUGCAUCUGUGUGUUUGUUUUCCAUUUGAGCUCCACUGGGCAGAUUGUUUGUGUCUUUCAUAACACACACACCUGGAUUGCAGGUCUUAUUACAUUCCUAGAGAUUGUUAUCAAUGUAAACAGGCAAGAAAGAAUGAAAGGAACAAAACAUUAGUUUUCCAUCCUGAGACUUGUUGUUCUGUGCUGUAUAGUGAUGAUUGUAUUUUUUUCUUUUUUGCCAAUCCUGUCUUUUUUACCUUUAUUAAUUUGCUGUUGUUUUUUUUUUUUUUCAAAAUCCACAAAGUGGAAAAUGAUAUCAAGUGGAGGGAGAUAAAAAAAAUAAAACAA